CCCCUCUCAUCCAUUUCCAUCCGAUAUAUAAUUAUACUACCAAUUCCGUAUAGCAUUCCCACUUACAUCAGGUAGCUUUGCCCUUCUUUCGUAGUCACCUCAAUCAGGAAAACUCUCAAGAUGGCCUCUGAAGCUACUGGUGUGUCCAAUGCGGCACAAGCUCCCAAACCUUCCCGGUUUGACCCUUCGUUCACUCAACAUGUCAUUGAUACCAUGGGCCCCAAGACAACCGAGAGGAACCGUGUUCUGUUGUCGUCGCUAAUCCGACACAUCCACGACUUUGCUCGAGAAACCGAGCUUACGAUUGACGAAUGGUUAGCCGGCGUCCGCUUUAUCAACGAAGUCGGCCGGGUUUACUCCGAGUCGAAGCAGACAAGGAAUGAGGCCCAUCGGGUGUCCGAUAUUCUUGGACUCGAAACAUUGGUUGAUGAAAUUGCCCACAAGAUCAUCUCCGACACGGACCUCGACCCGACAUCCUCCGCUAUUCUCGGGCCAUUCUGGUCGCCCAACGCGCCCUUCCGCGAGAACGGCGACACUAUCAUCCAGGACGCGGCGCCGGACGGCCGGGUCGUCCUGAUGCACGGUGUCAUCAGCGACCUCGUGACGGGCAAGCCGAUCCCCGGCGCCGUGUUCGACAUCUGGCAGGCCUCGGCCAACGGGAAGUACGACUUCCAGGACCCCCAGAACCAGACCCCGAACAACCUGCGCGGCAAGUUCCGCGCCGACGAGAACGGCAAAUACUGGUUCUACUGCUACUACCCCACGGCUUACUCCCUGCCCACCGACGGCCCCUCGUACCAACUCCUCCAGAUGAUGGAUCGACACCCGAUGCGUCCGGCACACAUCCAUAUUAUGGUCACGCACCCUGAGUAUAAGGGCUGCACAACGCAACUAUACCCCAAGGACGACCCCUGGCUCUCGUCCGACACCGUCUUCGCAGUCAAGGAUGAUUUGGUAGUUAACUUUAUGCCUCUGGAAGGAGACGACAAGGCGAAGCUCGAGCUCAACUACAACGUCAUUUUGGCUCCUAAGGAUUACAAGGGAAAGCCGUUUUGAAAUAAACUCCCCCUCCCCCCCUUGAGAGUUAAUGCGGUCCUCCAGAAAGCUUGCAAAAUAAGUGAAGUGACCUUGACCAAUCUCGGAUACAC